AUGGUCAUAAGCUACAGCAGGACUGGGCUGGCUGAGCAUGCCGGGAGUUGUAGUUCUAAACUGUGUUUUAUUUGUGAACCUGGAGCUGUCACAUUGGCUUGUGGAUCGUUGGAGUAGAAGAACCACAGGAGAGAUGUUUCAUCGGCCGGUCCUUCAGGUGUUUCGCCAGUUUGCAAGAUGUCAGUCCACGGACUCCCUGUCUGCCAUACUGGAGCGAUCGAUGAAUAAAGUGCAGCUCUUGGGCAGAGUCGGGCAGGACCCGGUCAUGAGACAAGCGGACGGGAAGAAUCCAGUGACCAUCUUCUCUCUGGCAACCAAUGAGCUGUGGAGAUCAGGGGAAAACGAGGUGUUCCAGCCAGCUGGAGACGUGAACCAGAAAACCACGUGGCACAGGGUAUCAGUGUUCCGACCUGGGCUCCGGGAUGUGGCCUAUCAGCACGUGAAGAAGGGAGCACGGCUAUUGGUAGAAGGAAAGAUUGACUAUGGGGAAUAUACAGACAAGAACAACGUGAGGAGACAAGCGACCACCAUCAUAGCAGAUAACAUCAUAUUCCUCACUGACCUCCGGGACAAGCCGUGACUCCCCGCACCUUUGUGUACAGUGUCUCUCCCCCUGCCCCUCUAUAUAACUGCCCCUCCUUUGUCUUUAUAGAAAUAAAAUAUUGUUUUUUUUUCCAUACAA